AUGAGACACCGAAGAAAGUAUCUGUUAUUUAAUGGUGUACCGGAGGAACCUAAUGAGGAUCUUUCAAAUUCUAUUUCUGAUAUCUGCAAUGAUAAGCUUGGUAUAAGAGAUGUAACCAAGGAUAAGAUUAUUGCUUGUCAUCGUCUUGGUAAACAUUCUGGGGGCAAGCAUCGUCCCGUGCUUGUGAGGUUUGUCGACCUCAAUCUGAAAACUGCUGUGUGGAAGAAGAAGGCUAGUCUUAAGGGCUCCCCCUUUGUGCUGUCUGAGUUUCUAACCCACCAACGUCAGGCGUUGUUCUUGCUUGCGCGCAAAAGAUUGGGGAUGAAGAACUGUUGGACAUUAGACGGGAAUAUCAUUGUUAAGCUUCCCGAUGGCACCAGACACCGUAUUGAUACCGAGGAGAGCCUUUCUAAACUGACUGUUAAUACCGAUGUCGCUGCUGAGGCACCUUCAAGUGGAAAUCAGGACUCAUCAUCAGGAUACAAUUCCAAACCCAAGCGAGCAGUGAGGGCAAAGAAAUAG